GUCUCGUAACUUGGUAUCCGCCAUUUCGCCAAGCAUUCCACCCUCCGGGGCAAAAAUCCAGUUCAGCUUACUUCGUCCUCACCUGCCCGUUUUCUCUACUUGUUCUUUGAUUAGCACACACCAAGUCGUCGCAGAUAUUAUAUUAGUAUCCGCUACUUCCAACCCACAAGGACUUGUGGAUACACUUAGAUGGGUAAGAAGGACAAGUCAAAAAAGGGCAAGGGAGCGGUGAAGACCGUGAAGAAGUUGCAGCGUAAACUGGAGCGAGGGAUCAUGAAAGCAGAGAAAGAAGCCGGCGAGCAGCCUAUCGAACAGUUGCUUGAUGAAUUUCAUAAAAAGCAGCAUGCACUGAAGGAGGUUUUGGUGAUCGAAACUCCCCCGCCUUCUCCAAGGUCACAUUUUUCAUUUACCGCUUCGCCAGAUUCUAACGAGCUUAUCUUGUUCGGAGGUGAAUAUUUUGAUGGCCGGAAAAUGACCAUGUUUUCAGAUUUAUUUUUUUAUCACAUUAAAAAUCAAAAGUGGGAAUCUGUGAAUUCACCUGACACUCCUCCUCCACGUUCUGGGCAUCAGGCUGUUUAUGUUAAAAGUGCCAACAUUCCUGCGAGUUUGUGGAUUUUUGGGGGUGAAUAUGCCUCACCUUCCCAACUCAGAUUUCACCACUAUCAAGAUCUUUGGACUCUUCAUAUACGGACUCGUAAGUGGGACCGUAUCAAGUUUGAAGGUCCUAGCCCAUGUGCUCGAAGUGGACAUCGCAUGUUAUUUUGGAAGAACUCGAUCAUGCUAUUCGGAGGUUUUAGUGACACUGGAAGUAAUACAGUUUACUUCAAUGACCUUUGGGAAUUCAAUCUUAAUUCCUCGUGUUGGUGUCUUAUCAAACUGACUGGGGAAGUUCCAACGGCGCGCUCAGCUUGUUCGUUCUUUCCAUCACUUGACUCAAGAUCGUUAUACGUCUUCUGUGGUUAUCGAAAGGAACGUUUGACGCAAGAAGUGGAGCAUGGUGUGGUGUGCUCGGAUUAUUAUCGGAUAGCCAUGGAAAAGGAUCACCAUGGUACCGCUGUAGCUGUGCGAAUGUCAGGAACACGUCCUCGGCCGCCUCGCGGAGCGAUGGGGAGCACUCUGCAAUCAGGCAGUCGUGCGCUACUCUUCGGUGGUGUUCACGACGAGGAAUAUGAUGGUGGUGAGACAGUUAUGGGCCACUUUUACAACGACUUGUAUGUUGUUGAGCUGGACAAAGCCAGAUGGCACUUAUUCAACUAUGCUACCGAACAGAAAGCAGUGGGCACUGAGAACACAUCCAUCCCAUCUCAAUCCGGUGCAGGUCCCACUUCGGAUUUAUGCACCUCCGUAUCUACAUCGCAAUUGUCGAAUGGCGUAUUUACACUGACUUUGCAAAAUACUCCACUUACUUGCGGUGCCUCCGCGCAACCCAAUGCAACCGGGGAUUUUGAUCGAAGUCCACCUUCUCCACGUUCAAGUCCAGGCAUCGCGGUUUUGAAUUCCACCCUGUAUGUAUAUGGGGGUGUUUACGAGGUUGGUGACCGCAAAAUUACACUGGACGAUUUCUACUGCCUAGAUUUGAACCGGCCGAUUUCUUGGACCUGUUUGUACGGUGGUACGCAAUCCGAGCAGGAAUGGUUUGGGAGUGAUCUGGAGGAAAGUGAAGAAGAGGAUGACGAAAGUGGGGACUCAGAAGUGGAGACCGCUGCGGCCACUCGGUCCCACAAUAUGGAGGUUGAUAGUGACAGCAGCGCUGAUGACGAUGAAGAACUUGUUGAGGAUGCACCCGCACCACUCUCCGAGGAGUCCGCCUCAGUCUACUGGAGUCGAACGGCUGAUUUCUGGUGUUCUCUCGUAAAUAGAGGGCUCGAACAGGACAGAUCGAGCAAUGAAACACCCUCUUUCAUCGGCUGCUCAAACCUUGCCGAACGUUUGGCGCAAAACUUUUAUGCGCGACACACACGCAACCCGAUUUGAUUGACGCCACUGUAGCUGUACCUACGUUCACCGACAUGACGUCAAGAUUUCUAUUUUUACUGUAAAUGCACUCUGCUUCCAUUCCCUUGCAUGCAUCUCCUUUGAAUCGGAUCCUCCAUCCGACUUCGUUCUCACUACGUCUUCCAUCGUGUGCUUGGGUCUGCUUUUAUUCCUUCAUUUAGGUCACCUAACUUACAGUGCAACUCUUUGAAGCUAUCGGUAUUUCUCCCCUGACUUAGUUUUCUCCUCUGUUGCGUAGGCUCAGAUGCUUUCCCCUCGGCUAUCACUGCAAUGUUGUCCAUUGAACAGACUAAGAUCCGGGCACUGAAGUGGGGUGGAUCCAGCCACCCCCAGAACGGGGGCUAGGAAUUUCAGGUUGAGUGCAAACAAAAUAUGAGGAAGAAGAGGGCUGAUGAAAUCUUGGCAUAAGUAAUUU